AUGAAGUGCCGGAAGCGAGAUAAGACCUGUGUCCUGACCAAGGCAACGGAGCCGACCAACGCUUGCCAUAUCAUACCUUACUCCUUGGGCCACCGGAGAUUGCACCAGAUUACCUACUUCUGGCGGACUCUUUCGCUUUUUUGGGACCAAUCAAAAAUUUCCGAACUACAAGAUUUUGUUACGCAGAAGAUCAAAUUCUUUUGGCUGUGCCCCAGUAGCCUGGAUAGUCUGCGACUUUCAACUGCUGCGCUUCCUGAGGAUCCGAGCCAGGAGUUUACUGUUGAACCUCCGUCAUUCCCUGCCAACCUUGGACAGGGUGGUCGAGAGUGUGUUUAUGGCGAGCGUCCAAACAUUCGCCUUUUCAACUGUGAAGCCAAUGAGCUUAUUUCAUCUGGACAGGUGAUAACUCUAACAACUGAAGACCCCGAAUCCCUGCCACUGCCGGAUUUGAAGCUCCUUGACCUUCAAUGGAAAUUGCAUAGAGUCCUUGCUCUUGUAGCCGCUGCCGGGUACAACGAGGACGAGGAUGAAAACUAUGAUGACGAUGAUAGAUAUGGACGUGAGCCAGUAAUUGUCUCCGGGGAAGAGGAUUCGUUGGAUGAGUAUGAGAAACCUUGGGCUAAAAAGCCCUUUGAAUCCCAUACAUCUACUACUGCUAUGGGGAUUAUCUAA